GCCCACUUUCUCUCUUUCUCAGCAUCACCUAAUUGCCCAAAGGGAAUAAAUCAAGUUUUCUGAAUCUGAAUCACCGACGUGACGGGUGCGUGCGCGCGCAUGUCGACGUGCGUGGCGUCACGACCGGCGCACUUGAAAGAGCGGCAAAGAUGAAAGUUGACUUGCAUUGCAAUGAGCGCAUGAGGAAGGGGGGGCUUCAAAUCAGGAGCGUGUUGAUCGCACCAUUUGCAAAUCAACCAACGCAACUAUUUGACAUGAAAGAAAUGUCACGGCUAAUGAGCAUCAAACACAAACAACUUUCUGUAAAAAUCCAUCUUCCAGGAUGUUUUUUUUUCUCUUUUUUUAAUCUGCAUAUCCUUCACUUGCCCACUUGCCAUGUCAGGCGUCCCGAGCGGGUUUGAGGCCAAGCGAACUCUUCGGAUGACCGCCACACGGCAAACACAAGCAACAACGGAACGACGGAAAAGAAAAAAACCAGCGAGUGUCGAGUGUCAAGUGGGCGUUAACGAGUUUCCCUGCGUGAGCGGUUUCAGGUACGCGCAGGGGGCGGGGCCCGCAGGAGCCCCGUGUGCGGCAGGUUGACCUGAAGUCACGCGACCUGCUCCUCGUCCUUCUUCGUGGCUCGCGGACGGCGCACGUCUUUUCCUCCCCCGGGCGUGACCUCGGCCGGCAGCAGAGUGACAUCACAGACGUGAGCUGACAAAGCUCAGCACAGAGACCUCCCGGGAGGUCCCGCGAAAGCCGAGUCGCGCGCCCGCACGCUCCCCGCUAUCCUAGCGGCGAACGGAAGAUGGAAAAGGGAAGGUCAGAAAUUGGGGUCAUGAGCUCCUCUUGUCCCAGAAGGCACCGUGGCUAACGCGCAAUCAUGUCCGCAGAGGUAACGCCGCCCCAACUCCCGCCAAAGAGGGGGCGCGGCGGAGCGCUACGGCAACUUUUUGCGACGACGCCGAAGACGCGCCGAUGUCACCGCAUCCGGUUUAGACAUGCGGCAGGAUCCCGUCGACCCUCGGUCCGAAGACCACGUGAGCCGCGAGGAGCCGCCGGGAUGCGAGGGGCCGGAGAGACGUUGGCUGCUCUGGCACGGCUUCAUGACGGAACACGCCCACUUGGACGCUUGGCUGCGAUUGGCCGAGCAGGCGGUGGCCUCCCGCGACUGGACUCGAGUCACUUACGCCGCAGCCAAGGACGACGUCAGGCGCUUUGAGAGGCUGCGGUGCGAGGCGGGCUCCUUUCUGGUUCAUCUGGACGCGCUGACCCAGAGGAAGCGGAGCCUGAGCGCGCUGUUCCGGGGCGCCAUGCGGACUCGCCUGAUAGCCGCGGCCCGGGACUGCGGCCGCAGGUGGGACCGCCUCAAGGUCGAGCUGGAAUCCAUCGGCGGACGCCUCAAGGCUUUGGUGCGCGAGUGGGAAGAGUUUGAGGAAGAGACGGAGGAGCUGGCCGUCUGGUUGGCCGAGAUGGAAGCGGGGCUGGCCGCCGUCCAACGCGUGACGGGGAAAACCCGCGACAAACUGCGCCAACUGCAGUCUUUCCAGCGGAGCGUGCGCGUCAACUCCGGUCGCGUGAACGGAGCGUUGGAGCGCGGCGAGGCUCUGAUCCAGCGCAGCGCCCCCGGCGACGCGCACCGCGUGGAGCGCCGCCUGCUGGAGCUUCUGCGCCAGUGCGGUCAGGUCUACGGCAACAUCGCGCGGGUGCAAACGCGACUCCUCAGCAUGCGAUUGGUCUUUGAGGAUGACAUCCUGCUGACUGCGCCCCCGGAUUCCGGUUGUCCGUCGGAGUCCUUUUUGUUCGAGGAGGAGGAGGGAGCGCUGGCCCAAGUCCGCCAGGAGCCGAGUCCUCAACGCCAACGACAAGUCGAUCAUCUUCGUGGUCGUGACCGUCCUUCGUCUUCGCCGCCGCCGCCUUUCCAUGAGCACUUGGGUCUGGAGUGGGACCCCUCGGUGGACGUGGGACACUCGGGCUCCUGCAGUGACUUCUCCUACUGCAGCGCCAGCACGGGUCCCGGGGACGCCCCAAAGAGGACCGGCGACAUCAGUGCCCUCGGCUCAGAAAACAACAUCAAGCGGGAAGAUACGCCGCGCUCGACGACGUCGCCGGCUCUCCUUGACGUCUUCUCGGCCGAAUGGGACAUGGAGAGCCUCGGCGGGGACCACGGGGUGACCUCCGCGCCAAAACAGGACGGCGACGGCCGCGUGAGGGCGUGGCUGGGAAGCCAAGGCGCUCCGCGUCCUUCCUGCUGUCGAGCUGUGCAGACCCACGCUCAGCGUUCGGCCAUCGCAGAACGGGAUCCCGCAGAUCUUUUCACUCCUGCCCCCAGUUGCCAUGGCGAUGACCGCACGGGCGCCUCUCAUGAGAGCUCGCCGUCCCGUGACGCGACUUCCGCGACGAGCGGCCGACACCGGGCGCGGGCUCCACAAGAGGAGGACGAAAGCUGCAGGGGCUCCGGGACCGCGCCCGGGGCGGCGCCGCGCCCCGGCGCCGAGCGCCUCCUGCUGGCCGCCGCUGCCGCCGUGUCGCUGCUGGCCUGUCUCUUCUGGAGCUUCCUGCAGCUGCCGUGCGGCCGCGGUGUCGUCGGCCCCUGGGGCGGCCUGCACCUGAGCUACGUCGCCGGGCCCCCGCCCACCUGAGGAUUGCCGCGAUGACACGGAUGCCGAUCGAUUGGGCCCCGACUUGUUUUGGUUGUUUUGGCCAUUUGGGCUUUCUGCGGACGCGCCUGCCAGAGCGCGCAAUGGCGUCGACGCUUCGCCGUCCGUCCUUUGAAGCAUUUCACUUUGUUGAUGGGCGGGCUUCACCAUCCCUUGCGAAAUGUGUCAAGCCAAUAAAAAGAACGCCUUUGUCUGUUUUUCUACAGAGAA